AUGAAAACUAGGAAAUUUAAACUAGCUCAAGAUGCAUUUUUUGCAAAAAAAUCAGAAGAAAAUCUUGACCAUAUACUAUGGCAUUGUGACUUCAGUGAGAUCAUUUGGAAAUGGCUUGAUGGGAUAUUUUGUUUCUUAAAUCCAAGAUCUGCAGAGGAAAUGCUAUCAUUAGCAAAGCAUAACAGUCCAGCUAUCAAAGAACUAUGGAGAAUGACAUCUCUCAUAACAAUAAAGGAGAUCUGGUUCCAUAGAAACAGUUGUGUGUAUGAUGAAGAGAGACCAAAUGCAAAGAUUAUUCAAGAUAGAAUUUUGAAGUUUACUGCAGAGUGUGAAAUCAGAAUGAAGUCUCACAUGUGGAAUACAACAUAUGAUUUACAAGUCUUAAAAUAUUUUGGUCUAAAAUGCAGAAACAUCAGAAUAUCUAUAAUACAGACAAUAUUCUUCAAUCUUCCACAAGUAGGGAAACUUCUUCUCUGCUCUGAUGGUGCUUCUCAAGGAAAUCCAGGUGUAGCUGGAUAUGGAUUUAUAGCCAGAAACAGUGAAGGAGAAUGCAUAGUAGCUAUUGCAGGUGGAUUAGGAAUUGCUAAAAAUUAUUAUGCUGAAGUCUUAGCCAUACUAUUUGCUGGAGAAUGGGCCAUUCAUAAAGGAUACACUCAUCUUAUUUUCAGAUCAGAUACUCAGGCAGUUAUUGAAGCUUUUAAAACUCACAGAAUUCCUUGGUUUUCUAUUAACCGAUGGAGAAAAAUCCGUGAUAGUGUUGUAGAACUAGAGCUAUGCCAUAGCUACAUAUAA